GCUGAGCUUGAGGCCAAGAAUAGCGAGCUAUUAAAACAGGGGAACACUAAACAUGAAGCCGAUACUAAGCAAUUGCAAAAUAAUAAAGAAAUCAACCUUAUUGCCAAAUUAUAUGAAGAAAACAAUCAAUCUUUAGUUAAUGCUGCCACUUAUUCCGAUGAAUCUAAUGACGUUUCAGCAAAGGCGGCACAGCUAAAUACUGAUGUAUAUAAAGAAACUGGGACACUAGUAACAUUGGAAUGUAAAUGCUAUACAACACCUAUAUGCACAAAGUCUAAAUCAUUAGAGGAUAAAGAAAUGUUUGAUUUCUUGGAUCAG